UUAACAAAUAAAUUAUUAUUAGUUAAAAAUAGUAUUAAAAUAAUAUAAUUUUUGAUAAAGCAUACAGUUAGCUGAUGUUAAAAAGAUUCUAUUGUAUGCGAUGUGAGAUCAUGCCAUUUUAUGCUGUUAGAGUUGGAAGGAAACCUGGCAUUUAUGAAACAUGGAAAGAAUGUCAGUUACAAGUUGAAGGAUAUCCUGAUGCUAGAUACAAAAAAUUUAAAUGUAGUGAAGAGGCAAACAAUUUUUUAUCUCAGAAUGAUUCGCGCACAUCUAUAGUUAAUAUUCUUGGUGUAAAGAAAACAACCUCAUUCAAAAUAAAAGAAGCAGAUAAAUCACAUAAUGGUUUUAAAUCAACUUUAAAUAUGAAGUUUAUUGAAAGAAUAGAUUUUCCAACAGCUCCUGUAGUUUAUUCAGAUGGUUGCUGUCUGAGUAAUGGAAGCAACUUUGCAGUAGGAGGAGUCGGUGUAUAUUGGGGACCAUAUCAUCCAAAAAAUGUAAGUGAAUAUCUUGAUGUUGAACAACCAACAAAUCAAAAAGCUGAGCUUGUUGCUGCAUGUCGUGCGUUAGAAACUGCUAUUGAAAUGAACCUACCUGAAGUUGAAUUAAGAACAGACAGCAUGUAUACGAUCAAAGCUAUGACAGAAUGGAUUCAAAAUUGGGAAUCUAAUGGUUGGAAAAACUCAUCAGGUGGUAAUGUUGUUAACAAAGAAGAAAUGUUACGACUUAGUGAGUUGUGUGCAAAGAUUAGUGUUACUUGGGUUCAUAUACCUGGUCAUAAGGGUGUAUAUGGAAAUGAACAAGCAGACCAGUUGGCAAAUCAAGGCGCACAAAAAAUAAUUUAAAAAUCUAGGUUAUCUGAGCCUAUGUGAAUAUUAACGGGAAAUCAGUUGGCUAAUCAAGGCGCAGAAAAAAUGACUUUUAAGUCAUUGUUUAAGUUCAUUUUUAUUUACAUUUUUUUAACUAUAAAUGCUUAAUGUUAAAAAUGUAGCAUUCAUUGUAAA